CAAGCACAAAACUGAAACCAAGUCUCCUCCUCCAUACUCCUUAGCAAAUUCCACACAGAACCUCAAAACUCUCAACCAUCAUGCCUAACGAUCAACUUGAGGCCAUGAGAAAGAAAAAGAAAAAGAAGAGGCAUGGUAUCGUGGGUUAGUAGAAAGUUGAAAUGGGAGGAAUCGGUAAAAAGAGGAACAAGAAAAUUGUUUAACCAUUGGAGUCUGUAAACUACAAUCCUAUUGGCUGAGGCGCCUUGGUUGUAUCAGAAGCUAGAGAGAGAGAGAGAGAGAGAGAUGGCAGAGGAAAACAAAGUGACCCUAUAUGGAAUGUGGUCAAGCCCUUAUGUUAAGAGGGUGGAAUUGGCUCUCAGACUCAAAGGCAUACCCUAUGAAUAUGUGGAAGAAGAUUUGAGGAACAAAAGCCAGUUGCUCCUCAAAUUGAAUCCCAUUCAUCAGAAAGUUCCAGUACUUGUCCACAAUGGAAAAACAAUUGUUGAGUCUCUUGUCAUCCUUGAAUAUAUUGAUGAAACCUGGAAAACUGGCCCUCAACUUCUACCAGAAGAUCCCUAUAAACGAUCCCAAGUUCGCUUCUGGGCAAGCUAUCUGCAACAGGUGUUUGAGAGCAUGGUCUCAGUGCUCAAAACCAGUGGACAAGCACAAGAGAAAGCCAUUAAAGAAGUGACUGAGAAACUCAAGUUACUUGAAGAGGGAUUGAAGGGUUUCUUCCCAAAUGGCUUUCCAAAUUCAUUUGACAUAGAAAAUGUGGGACUACUAGAGGUGGUCAUUUGUUCACAUUUUGGUGCAAAUGAAGCUCAGGAAGAAGCCCUUGGAGUGAAAGUUAUAACCCCCGAGAAGACUCCACUAAUUUAUUCCUCCAUAACAGCUCUGACUGAGAUCCCUGCGGUGAAGGCGGCGAGCAUUCCUCAUGAGAAGGUGGUGGCUUUCCUCAAGUUCUUUAGAGAAAAGGCCCUCAAAUCUUCUGCAGAGUGACCAUUUAGUAGUAUUAAUUGUUGAGUUGUGUUUGCUUCUUGUUGUCAAUUACUCUGUUUUGUUUUGUGUCUGUGGCACUCUAUGGAGUCUCAAAUAAUGGGAGCAACAAUCCUACUACUUGGGUUCUGCUCGCCAAUGUUAUCUAAUUUGUUGUAAAAGAAUAAAGUGAUUGGUACCACGACAUAUCUCUUAUAGAAAUGUGAGAUUGGCGUUGUGUGGGGUCUCCCUUUUAUAAGAAAUGUGAUUAAUAAACGUGAUACAUGCAAUA